UCAUAACUUUCUCGAAAUGGAUGUUACAAUAUCUGAGCUAAUGUCCAACUUUAUGGAGUCCCCGUUGGUGGUUUGGGUGAAGACCUUUGGACCACUGGCUACUAAUUCAGAAGACAAGCUGUCUAUGUUUAUGGAGCUGGUAGAUGGGGUCUUCCUCCAUAAGAUCAUGACUCACAUAGACCCAAAUCCUACAAACCACAGAGUAAACAAGCAGGUGAACAAUGACGUUAAUCUUCGAAUCCAUAACCUCAGCACUGUUAUCAGACAGAUGAAAAACUACUACCAGGAGAGUCUCCAGCAGCUCAUUUUGAUGACGUUACCCAACGUGCUGACCAUUGCCAAGGAUCCUUUGUCUGGAAAGAGUAUGGAGGAGAUGAAGAGGCUGUUGCUGCUUCUCCUGGGCUGUGCCGUUCAGUGUGACAGAAAAGAGGAGAUUAUUGAGAAGAUUAAGCUGCUAGAUAUUGAAACCCAGGCAGCCAUAGUCUCCCAUAUCCAGGAGGUGACGCACAACCAGGAAAAUGUUCUAGACUUGCAGUGGCUGGAUGUCGGGGAGCUGUCUGCCGAAGACCUCGAUUCGCUCUCUCGUACCUUGGCUUUCCACCUGCGUAAGCUCAUUGAUGAGCGGGACGAGUGCUCAGAGCUGAUCUUGGAACUGACCCAGGAAAGAGAUUACCUGCAGUUCCAGCAGCUCAAUCCUGUGGGUUUCUCCAGUCCUGAGCGGUCCUCCCAGCCUUCAGUACUCUCCAAAGAGGAGCGCCAGCACCUGGCAGUGGAGCUUGCAGACACCAAGGCCAAACUGCGCCGCUCUCGCCAAGAACUAGAGGAGAAGACUGAACAUCUGGUUGACACCAGAAAUGAACUCGAUAGGCUGGAUGCAGAGAUGCAGAAACUCAAACAAGAGAACUCGCAGCUUCAGGCAGAGGCACGGUCAGUACGAGUGUAUCGGGAUGAGGUAGACGCUCUGAGAGAACGUGCUGGAAAAGUGGACAGACUUGAAGCAGAACUCACCCGCUUUAAAGAGAAGCUGCAUGACGUCCAGUUCUACAAGGCCCGCGUGGAGGAGCUGAGGGAGGACAAUCUAACCCUGCUAGAGACCAAAACCAUGUUGGAGGAGCAGCUGAGCACAGCAAGGGGGCGUUGUGACAAACUCCAUGAGCUGGAGAAGGAGAACCUGCACCUCCGCUCCAAACUGCAUGACAUGGAGAUUGACAGGGACAGUGAUAAGAAGCGCUUGGAGGAGCUGCUGGAGGAAAACAUGAUGCUGGAGGUUUCACAGAAGCAGAGCAUGAAUGAGUCUGCUCACCUGGGCUGGGAGCUGGAGCAGCUGGCCAAAAACAAUGAGGUCAACGAUGCACGCAAGUCAUUCGUUUUUGAGCUAAACGAGUCAGCAUCUAGUCAACUUCUGAAGCUGGAGAAGGAGAACCAGAGUUUGCAGAGCACCAUUCAGGAGCUGCGGGAGAGUCAGCUUCACACCAUAGAGCUUGAGAAGGAGAACCAGGGCCUCAGCAAGAAGCUUGAGCGUCUGCAGACCCAGCUGGACCAGGAGAAGCAGAGUGUGAAGAACAUGGAUAAUGUGGGAAAAGAGCUGCUCAAAGACAAGCAGAAGCUGGAGAAAGCACUGGAACAUCUGCAAACAGAAAAAAAAAAACAGGUCUCUGAGCUGGAGCAGGAGAAGAACCACCUAAACCAGACUGUGAGUUCUCUAAGGAAGCGUGCCCAAGAAGACGGUGAGGCUCGGGUGCGUGAGGUGGAAAAUGAAAACCGCAUCCUCCACCAGAGCAUCUCAGAAAAAGGAAGUCAGCUGGCACGACUUGAAGCUGAGAAGCAACAAAGCAUCAAGGAGCUUGAGGGCGAGCAUGAGCAGUCUCAAGAGCUUCAGCGGAAGAUAAGGCACCUGGAGGGUGACCACAAGAAGCUUGAACAGGAACUGACCUCGCUUAGGAUGGUCAGUAAACAGAACGAAAGCCUGCAGAAUGAGAAAAGCCUCCUCGAGCAGGAGAACAGGCGGCUGCAGAAGGAAACAGAAGAGAUGCAGAGUGGCAGCGUUCGCCUGGCUAUACUGGAGAGGGAACGCAAGCAUAUAGAAGAUGAGAAUAUGGAGCUUCGGAGCACCGUGGCAGAGCUCCGUUCUCAGGCCAAGCGCAUCGAGAGACUGGAGAUCAACUGCAGCAGUCUGGACAAAGAGAACCAACGACUGCAGCUGUGCCUGGAAAGUAACAGCACCAAGGUACAACGCCUGGAGAAUGAGCUUCAAGAAGCUGAGGCUCAGAGUGAGGAGCUAAGGCAGGAGGUGGAGGAGCUGAGAAAGGUGAAGAGACGUUCUGAGGAGGCUGAGAAGGAGCGGCGGAGGGUGGAGCAGGAGCUAAGCCAGGCUGAGAAAGAGAGGAAGCAACUGGAGAGGGAGGCACGCAGGUUGAGGCAGCAGCUAGAGGUGAAAGAAGCUGCACUGGAGGAGAACUUGUUAAAACUGAGUAGCAUGGAGAAAGAGGGAAUGGCUAUGAACAAGGAGCUAACACGGCUCCAAGACACUGCUGGUAGAGUAAAGGAGUUGGAGAAAGAGAACAAGGAACUGCAGAAACAGGUCACUAUUGAUAAGAGGACCCUGGCCACGCUCCGAGAGGAUCUGGUGAAUGAAAAGCUGAGGGUUCAACAGCAGUGUAACGAAUUAGAGAAGCUCAGUCACGAGUUGGAGAAGAUUGGCCUGAAUCGAGAGAAACUUCUGCAGGAAGAGCACAGCUCUGAGGACAAUAAAUAUAAGAUCCUGGAGACAAGGAUUGAGUCAACUUUAAAGAAGGCUCUGGAGCUAAAGGAGGAGAAGGUCCAGGGUCUGGAGUCUCGCCUGGAGGAGAGCAGCAGCCUGAACCAGCAGCUACGCACUGAGCUCAUUACUGUGAAGAAAACACUGGAGGCUCUAAGGCAAAGGCAUGAGGAAGAAGCUGCCCACUCUGAAAUCUCCCAGAAGGCAGCAGAGAUGUCAGGUUCCAGUCAGGAGAAAUGGGAGACGGAGCAGAGAGAAGUAACAGCUGAGCUGCUCAAACUGAAAGAUCGACUGAUCGAUGUAGAAAAGAACAAUGCAUCCCUGGAGACUGAGAAGCACCUUUUGAAAGAGCAUCUGAAGCAGCUGGACUCCCAGAAUACACAGCUGAAUACUCAAACACUGGCUCUGCAAAAACAAGCUGCUAUGCUGCAGGAACAAAACACUGCACUGCACAAAGAAACCGCCAAACUACAGGUGGAGAACUCUACACUGAACUCUCAGAACUCGUCUCUGACGGCUCAGUACACGGCGCUGCAGGCUCAGGUGCAGACUCUAGAGACUGAAGCUGAGGUUCUGCAGAGGAUGCACGAGGAGGCACGGGGCAAACGUGACAGCAUCACUCAGGACCACGAGCGACUGCUCAGCGUUCAUGAGAGGCAGGCCGCUGAGUACGAGCAGCUCAUCACACAGCAUACUGCCGUGAAGAGCAACCACAGGGCUCUGGAGCAGGAACACCGCACUCUAGAGAGCAAAUAUGUGCUGCUCCUGAAGCAGAAGGAUGCUGUGGAGGCACUGGAGACAUCUCUGCAGAAGGAGCGGGAGAGUUUAGGAGAGGAAAUUCGCAAGAACACUCAGAUCUUGGGAGAGAACCGCAGCUUGAGGGAGGAGGUGGACAGUCUGAGGCAGAAGCAUGGUCUUAUACGUCAGGAGUAUGAAGGACUACAGCUGCAGACCAAAGAGCUAAAGACUUCAUUGAACGAGUCACAGCUGGAGCUGAACCGCUGGCAGGUACAAUAUGACCAGCUCAAAGAGCAACAUCAAGGCUUGGACAUCUCUAUGGCCAAACUAGACAACCACUGUGAGUUGCUGAACCGGCUAAAGGGAAAUCUGGAGGAGGAGAACCAUCAUCUUCUAAGUCAGAUCCAGAUGCUGAGCCAGCAGAACCAGACGCUGCUGGAAAGAUCAAUGGAGAGCAAGGAGCUCUAUCAUGAGGAGCAGAAACAGUACAUUGAUAAGCUGAACUCAUUACGGAGGCAGAAGGAGAAACUGGAAGAGAAGAUCAUGGAUCAGUACAAGUUCUAUGACCCGACUCCCAAAAAGAAAAGCCAGUGGGUUGGAGCCAAAGCCAUAGCCAAGUUAAUGAAGCCCAAGAAGGAAGGAUCACGUGAGAGACAGGAGAACUCUCAUGAAUGGGUCAGAAGUGCUCCGGACAUGCCCUUGCCGGAGAUCCCCAACCUUUUGGAUAACAGCCCAACUCUUCCUCCACCUUCACUGCCUUCUCGUCACACUCGUCUCAGCCUGGACUCACCGGGCAGUAACUCGUUAGAGGAGAACCACAUUCACUCCUCUCCAAAUUUAAAUAACAGAGCUUUGUAUGGUAGCACUGGUUCCAGAGGUAGAGAGGUGUACCGGUCAGCAGGGGGCAGCACUGAAGACAUGGAUGGAUAUGAAGAGCUGGUGCUUAGACAGAGAGCAACAGAGCCAGGUGCAUCCUGUUCAACCCCGCUGAACAACAACAGCCACAAUGCAGCACCUUUCACAUCUUCUGGCUUGCGGUCAGGGCGGAGACCCAAAGGAUUAAUCUCCGAGGAGGAUCUACGCGUGCACUCCCAUGAAGCUGGCUUUGGGAGUGGUGGCCAUGGAAACACAGGCCACAGACCCAGCUCUACUGAUUACAGCCGCAACACCUCCAGCAGCAGCUCUCCCGUCAAUUCAAAAGGUUCCCUGGAGCGCCUGCAGCAUCGUUCUGCCAGCCUGUCUAGUGAUGAUGUGGUUGGAAUGAGCUAUGAUGGCUCUUCUGUCAGUCAAUUAUCUCUGCUACCGCGUAGCUCCACUCUCCCCUGUGAAGCUACGCCUCCUUUACGCUCUACCCUGCGCUCCACCUGCCCACGCCCCAACUCGCCUGGCAGUGAGAUGGUCACCCUGGAGGAGUUUCUACAGGAGAGUAAUGCCCUGUCACCCCCAACUGUGCACACAGGUAGUCAGGAGGACCUGAUGUCUGACUAUUUCACCAGAGGGGGCCGGCUAGCACCACCUCCAAGAGAUGGUGCCAAAACGCCCACUAGCUACGUCACCCCAACUGUCAAAACACCAUCAGGACUGGAUGGGCGAACUACCAAACCUGGACACAGCGUCAAACCUAGUAUGCGGCUCACAGAGGCAUACAUGUCCCCCUCUCAGUCUCAGACACUUCCUAACCGAGGAACUACUGGACGAUCGUUGCACCUUCAGCAUUCAGCACCUCGCACAGGAGGCACAGGCAGCAGCAGCUUAAGUCGCACUUUCAGUCUGGCCUCGGCUGACCUCCUUAACUCAAAUGGUCCUGAUAGUUACCGGACAGAGACAAAAAGUCCACUUCAGGCUGAGGGUGUGGCAAGGAGGGAGCGGACAUAUUCGGCAAGGCUUACAGGAGGCUCCGGGAACCAUUCAGUCGACCCCUGGCGUUUCUCGGUGGCUCCUUCCAAAGAAGACGUGGCCCAGCCUUUGUCCUCAAGCUCUUUGCAGCAGGACCGGGUCUAUGCAAGCAGAUCGGGAACAAGUCGCCCAACGACUCCGCAUCACCACCGAGGCGAGGUGGCACUGGUGACGCCGGUGCGGGCCGUCUCUGCCGCAAGACUAGAGGAAGCAGAGGAGCGCAGGGAGCCCAGGCAGGCUGAGCCUUCACUUAAGAAGUCGGACAGUGCAGGUCUGAGCAGCUAUGUAGAGGAGCGGCCAAUGAGUACACCAGCCUCACCAGAUCCCAAUGACCAGCAGACUGUAUGGUAUGAAUAUGGGUGCGUCUAGACCAUUCAUGAAUCCUUCAAAAGCAGCUUAGCCCAGUUAUGUCCACUGGUGUUAACUUUUAAAUGCUAAUGCAGCAAAGCAAAUGGAAUUAAAAGUCUUAAAAAAGAGAAAACCCAAACCAACAAAGAACAUGUUUGCUCCGUCAAUGUCCAGCUGUUUUCAGCCCUUCUUUCGAGUACUCAUGUACAUAUUGGCAAAGGAAUGUGUUAAGGCUGUGCACGGCUUUAAAAAAAUGUCUCUUUUCCCUUCAUCGGAUACCAGUGAUUUCCUGCAGGCGUCUGCAGAAAGCAUGGCUGGCUGGUCCAAGUUCUAUUCUAAAUGCAGAAAUCAAACAUUGGGCUUUGCAUGAAGGACCGCUCCCUGGAUAAUCACACUGUAAUUAUAGUAUCCAUCUUUGGGAGGUGCGGCGGAUGCCGUAAGUCUAUCAUUCAUACAGCCUCAGUGGGAUGGGUUACUGGAAACACGAUUCUUCUCUCACACUGUAUUGACGAACCCAGUGCUUGAAUCCUUUAUGCUGCUGUGGAUGACCACCUAUUUACUAAAGGACUUGGACUUGGCUGUGCAUGGUGCUUUGAGGCACACAAGCUCCUGAAGCAGAAAAUAAAUGAGGCCCAAGAGAGCGAUGAGAUGAAGUUACAGGUGAAGAUUAACACAGAGAGCAGAGCUUUCCACACUGAAGUGAUGAAUUCUGACUCAGCAUGUCAAACUCCUGAGGUUUUCAUUUAUAUUUGAGAUGUAGUCCUCAAGGUCUAAAGAGCAUUUCUGGAUGUUGUGUCCAGUCCCCUUACAUGUAUUUAUUUGUAUAUACACACACACGCAGAGGGAUCCAAAAUUGUAUCUUUAAUAAUGUUAUGGAUUUUUUCCAAGUUAAACUGAAAUCUGGUUGCAAUGUGAAGUGAUAUCUGUAUGGAUUUAGUAUUACAGCUAACGUUUAUACAGGAUUUUCCUUUGUUGAAGUGUACGUACAUUUUUGCCCUCUCUGUAUGUGUGCGUAUAUACUGAUAGAGCACUAUAUAAGCAGAGUAACAGUCAACUGAAGUCGUAACACUGUUCACAUUCCUCAGUUUUCUGCAGAUGAUAAAUCAAUUUAAGAGUGAGGUUACCAGUAGGUUUGCAUAUUAGUACUUUUCAAACAUUCUACAGUGCUGACUUAUUUAUUAAUGACACCGAGGUGGAGUGACAUUCUGUGUGUUUGUUUCUCACGGAAUCAGUUUGUUGUGUGGUUGAUAUGAGUGUGUAAGUCGUGACUGUAUUGAAUAAACAGCACAGUAUAAUUAAUUAAGCUAAGUCCCUUUGCACUGGUUGUGUGUACGCACAUAGAUUAAAGGAAAGUUUCAGCGCUUUUCAGCCUCAGCAUCUGUUACAUAUGAGCAAUUACCACUAACAAUUAUAGUAAAAUACUGUACAGAAAAAUGACUGAAAAACUUGUGGACAUGGAUCAUUACCCUGUUUGAAUACUUUUUAUACAGAUUCUGCCCUUUACUAGGGCUAAAUAAAUGGACAUUUAUCAGCUAAUUACCAUUACCAAAGCAGCCGUGAGAAAUUGACUCUGUAAUGCUUGUGUUCAGGCAAAAUAAGUCAAAAUAUGUGUGCCCAAGUUUGGCUGUGUUGUCGUUUGUUGCAAAAUCUCAGAGAAUUGGAGCACAAUAAAAAGGCAAAAUUAUUGUGUAGAUGCCCACUGUCCUAAAACAUAUUAGAUGAAAUCAUGAAUUGAAAGGCAGUACUAUUUCCUUUAUAUUUACUGCAUAUAGUAUUGUUUCUAAAUUAAAAAUGAACAACACUUAUAAAAUUAUCCUGAACAAAAUAUAAAUAAAAUAUCCUGAACAAAGUCUUAAAACCAUUAUUUUUUAAGUAUUACACCUACCAUGACGGUCCUACUUUUAGCUUGAAGCUUGCUUAUCAUAGAAUGAAGUGCAGCUUUUUACAGCAGUCAAAAGAUGUAUGCAAAAGUUAGUUUAAAAUGCUUUCAUCAAUUUAACAGUAUUUAAUUUAAUUGAGCUUUAAAUCUGUAUAAAUGAGC